AUGUCGUUCUUCCGAGAAGCUUGCCAGCAGCUGCGUCAUAUCCCCAAAACCGCAUCCCGCACAUAUCUCUCUCGCCCGGCGCCCCGACAGUCCCUUUGCCUCGCCGAUUCGUCCCGUCUGCAAUGGUCCAGGAGGAAUAAUGCUACUUGGAAGACAGGGUUGAAUGCGCGGUCAUUUUCAGUUACAGCCAGAGCGCAGCAUGGGCAUUUGACACCACCGAAGCCAGGCGAGGAAAUCAACAUCUCGAUUGUCGACAAGGAUGGCGACAAGCAUGAUCUUCAGGUGGCUGAAGGGGACAAUCUGCUAGACAUCGCGCAGGCCAACGAUCUGGAGAUGGAAGGCGCCUGCGGUGGCUCGUGUGCCUGUUCGACUUGCCAUGUUAUUAUCGAGGACCCCGAUAUGUUCGAAAAGAUGGAAGAACCGUCCGACGACGAGAACGACAUGCUGGAUCUGGCAUUCGGGUUGACAGAGACCUCGCGCCUGGGGUGUCAGGUUCCGAUGAGCAAGGAUCUGGACGGAAUGGUGGUGCGACUGCCGACGAUGACAAGGAAUCUGCAGGCCAGCGACUUUGAACAGAAGUGA